AAUCCGAGAUUAAAAUAUAAGAGACGAGCCAAGAGAAAGGGGAACUCCAGUAUUAUAACAAUAAUCAAUUGGUUACAACAAGAGAAUAAAAAGAUACCAAGUGGACGUGUUAAUACUAUUGUUAAAUAUUUACCAAGUUCACGAGCAGUUGGCAAGAGAAUGAUACUAUCAGAAGAAUGGUAUAAUGAAGUUGUUAAAUCUCCACAGAUCCAGCGAACACAAGAUACUGAUAACGAAGAAAGUGAUUCUACCAAUAA